ACCUCGUCAGCGUCCUCCGCCGCCUCAAGGACACCCGCCGAUCCAUCCCCGCCACGGCUGGUCUUACUUUACCUCGCGCUUCCUCGGCCCCAACGCGCGGGAUUUCCAGGCCCGCGAUUGGCCGUUUGAGAUCAUGUUUACCUACGGCGGGUCUCUUCAGCAGCUCGAGGCCGAGAACGGCAUCCUCGAGCAGCUGCCCAUUCCCGGCCGCGCCCUCGACUGCGCCACGUCCGACAUUGGUCCCAACGUCGGCCGCAUCGCGCUCUUCGAGGUCUCCACCAUGAUUGACCAGGGCGUGGCCAAGGUGAAAUUCCUCUACAACAAGGAAUCCCGCCACCAGAGCCGCAUCGGCGCCUGGAUCUCCAACUACGAGCACCUGCUCCUCGAGGCCAUCGGCCGCCUCCGGUACAGGGCCCAGGAGCUCACCUUGGCCGACGUCCCCCUGCUCAACGUCACCUACGACGGCAUCGCCAAGCUCAACAGCGACCGGCUCAUGACGCUCAACAUUGCCAGCGCGAGGGACAUUGAAAGCGUGUACCCGGCCACGGCGCUGCAGCAGGAGAUCCUCGUCGCCCAGUGCCUGUCCCCGAACGCGUACAACCUCCACGCCCUCCUCGAGCUCGCCAUCGGCAAGGACAACGCCGUGGACCCGUCCAAGAUCUGCACCGCCUGGCAGCAGACCGUGGCCAAGUACCCCGCCCUCCGCACCGUCUUCAUCGAGAGCGUGUCCGAGGACGGGCUCUUCGACGCCGUCGUGCUCCGCAAGUGCUCGCCCGAGAUGCUCUUCAUCGAGGCCGGCCCCGCCGAUAACGCCGAGCUGUCGCUCAACACCCUCCCGCCCCUGAAGCCCAGCAAGUCCGAGCCCCGCCACCGCCUGUCCCAUCGAAAAGAUUGUGUCCGACCUCAAGCGCUCCUACGCCUACAACAAGGUCUCCCCAAGAACCUGGACCUGUCCUACCCGAGGUACAUUGAGUCUCUGCGCGCGGUCGACGCCGCCGACGACCUCGAGUACUGGACCGACCGCCUCCAGACCUCCAAGCCCUGCUUGUUCCCCGCGCUGUGGUCCGGCAACAACGCCGAGGGCAAGUGGCAGACCACGACCCUGAAGCUCGGCGUGUCUGCCGCCGACCUCGAUGCCUUUUGCCACCCGGCCGCCGUCAAGCGCGCCACGGUGCUGCGCGUCGCGUGGGGUCUCCUGCUCAGGGCGUACACGGGCGAUAGAAAGGUGUGUUUCGGUUUCCGGCACUCUGGGCGCGAUUUGUCGGACGCGCGGCUCGCAGGUAUCACCGAGGCUGUGGGCGGUUUCGAGACCGAGCUCGUGUGCUCCAUGGAUCUCCCCGCGCACAAGUCCCUCGACUCGGUGAACGCGCUCGGCCUUAAGGGCAAGCACCUCUACAACACCACGCUCUCGUUCCUCGACGAGCCCAAGGGUCUGCUCAAGAGCAAGUUUAGCACCGGCCGCGCGCACGCGCAGCUGGGGUGCUCCAUGUACUUUACCAACAUGGACAAGGAUAUUUCCGUAUGCGUCAUGGUGCGCGACGGCCAGCUCCAGGUCACACUUAGCCACCGCAUCCUCACUGGCGUGCAGGGCGAGGGGAUCGCCCACGCUUUUGGCUGCGCUAUCCGUGCCGUGCUUGGGUCACCUAAUGGCUCUGUCGGCGGCAUCGAUCUCUUUAGCAGCAGGGACAUGGCGCAGCUCCCCGCCGCCAUCACUUCUGCUGUCGACGGUGGCAAGACGGUGACUCCGGCCAAGGCGGUACACGAGCUCGUCGAGGCCGUGGCCAAGGCGCGCCCCGAGGCUCCUGCGAUCGCUGCCUGGGACGGCCAGCUCAGCUACCGCCAGAUGGCCAAGCUCGUGGGCCGUCUCGCGCGGCACCUCGUCAAGCUCGGCGUCGCGCCGGGUCUGCCCGUGCCCGUCAUCCUGGGCAAGAGCCGGUGGUCCGCGGUCGCGAUCCUCGCCGUGCUCAAGGCCGGAGGGUGCUUCGUGCCGCUCGACGAGGACGACGAGAGCCUGACCCGCAAGGUGAUUCGGCAGACGUCGGCCAAGAUCGUGCUGGCCAUGGAUAUGAGGGCCAAAAGGCUCGAGGCCACGGUCGAGAGUCUCGUCGUCGUCAACGACGGCCUCUUUUCGGCUUCGCUCCUCGACGAGGAGGCGUGUCCCAAGGCCGCCCUGAGCGCCGCUUUCACUGCGCAGGGCCCCGCCCUCGACAUUGGCCCCGCGAGCAGGGUGCUGCAGCUGUCCUCGUUUGCCUCGGACACCUCGCUCUCCGAGGUGCUUACUACCCUUGUGCACGGCGGCUGCCUGUGCGUGCCGUCGGACGCGGAGCGCUCGCACGAUCUCGUCGGCGCCGUCGAGAGGCUCCAGGUCGACUGGAUGUAUAUUACCCCCGUGCUCGCGCGCCGCCUCAAGCCCGCGCAGGUGCCAUCGGUGCGGACGGUUUGCUUCCGCACCCGACACCUCGACGAGGAUACCUUUGAGCGGUGGUCGGGCCAGUCCAAGAUCCUGCUCUCGUACGGGACCUCGGACAUUUGCCCGCUAGGCAUCUCGGUGAUCGAGGCCAACUCGGCCGAGCAGCUGUCGAGUAUCGCCCCGCCCUUCAUCGGCAAGUUUUGGAUCGUCAACCCCGAGGACCACAGGCACCUGAUGCCCAUUGGCGCCGUGGGCGAGCUCGUCAUCGAGAGCCCCACGCUCGCGUACAAGCUCAUGCGGAACGCGACCCCGCUCGAGACCCUGCGCGCGCAGCAGGUGGUGAGCGACGACGGCCUGCUCAAGAUGCGCUUCUUCAAGACGGGCCAUCGCGUGCGGUACAUGAAUGACGGGACCAUGGCGCUCAUCUCCCAUAGGCGGGACGGGCUGUCGCAUGAUGGUAAUGUGAUCCCUGUGCCCGAGGUCGAGCAGCACCUCCGCCGGUGUCUCGGUAUUGAUGUUGAAGUUGUCGUCGACACCGUCGUGACGGCCGACGGCGCGCGCGUGCUCGCGGCUUUUAUCGAGCUCGGCGAGCACUUUGACGGCACCGAGGACCUGGCCGCGCUGUCUGGCACGAGCCGGGAGCGCGCCUUUAUGGCUAAGCGCCUCAUCGAGUCGUACAUGAACACCACCUUGCCCUCGUACAUGAUGCCCCCGCCAUCGUCCCCGUGCGCACCUUUCCCAUCACGCCCUCGCUCAAGAUUCACCGCCGCAAGCUCCAAAAGAUGCAACCCCGAGGGGAUCCAGACUGUUCAGAUCAAGCCUCUGCCGCUGACGCAGGUCGAGGAGCGCGUCCGCGCCAUCUGGGCUCAGCUCUUGCACAUCAACCCGGAGAGCAUCUCGGCGGCGCAGAGCUUCCUGCGGCUCGGCGGCGACGCUCACCUCGCCGCGCGGCUCGUCGUCGCGUGCCGCGAGCAAGGGCUCUCGAUCCGCCUGAGCGACGUGCUGCGCAACGCUUCUCUUACUGAUCUGUGCCAGACCAGCACGCUCUCCGAAGACCCUUCUGCCGGCAUGUACGUACCCGACGCCGACUUCUCCAUGUCGCCCGACCUCGUGGCGGCGCUGCAGCACAUUCGGCUGAGCGUGGCGCCGUGCGCCGGCAUCGAGGAGUCCCGCAUCGUGGACGUCGCGUUGGCGACCUGUACCCAGAUCCGGGCGCUCGAGUCGAACCUCCGCGGCGCGCGCGCGGGUAUUAACCACGUGGUGCUCAACUUUUCGGGGUUCGUCGACUAUAAAAAGAUUGAGUCGGCUUGCGCGGAACUCGUGCGGGCUCACCCUAUCCUCCGGACUUGCUUCGUCGCUCACGAUCGCCGCGUGUACCAGGUCGUCACGACCGUGAACAAGGAGCGUCUUGUGCUCAAGGUGAAUUGCCCUGGUCGCCGGCUUCAGUCCGCGAUUGAAAAGAUUACCAAGAAGGACGAGGCCUAUCCCGUUUCUCUUUCGACGCUCGUGACCAAGUUUACGUUUGUCGACGCGGGUAAGCACUCGGCUCUCUUGAUUCGGCUCUCUACCGCGCAGUACGAUGAAGCUUCUCUGCCGCUUCUCCUGCACGAUCUCAAGCGCAUCUACUCGAGCUCGCAGACCACGACGCUGCGGAGGCCCUCGUUUGCCGAUUUUGCGCGCCAGGCUAGGGCGGCCCGGUCGCAGGCGGCCAUUGACCACUGGACGACGCUCCUGCAGGGAGCGCACAUGACGCAGGUGAUUGCGCAUUCCAAGCCCCAAAAGGCGUCCAUGACCCCGCGCACCGUGACCAGGGCGGUGGCCAUCCCGUCGGCCGCCAUCGCGGAACUAGGCAUCACCUUUGACACCGUGCUCAAGAGCGCGUGGGCUAUUGUCCUCGCCACGCUCGCAGGCACCUCAGACGUGACCUUUGGCGAGGUCAUUGACGGGCGCCACGUACGCAUGCCCGAGGCCAACGGCGUCGCCGGCGUCCUCGGCCCGCUGGACAACAUCAUCCCCGUGCGCGUGCGCUUCCCCGACGCGCCCUCGACGCCCCUCGACCUCCUCCGGUGCGUGCACGAGCAGCGCCUCGCGUCCAUCCCGUACGAGAACACGGGCAUGUACGACAUUGUGGAAAAGUGCACGUCCUGGCCGUACUGGUCCCGCUUCAGCACGGUAGUGCAGCACCGGUACCGCGACGGCCUGGGCGAGGCGCAGCGGUUCAACAUUGGCGGCGCCACGUGCAGCGUCGCGGUGGCCGAGUCGCCGUACCGAGACCUGCACGACCUCUUGCACCGCGUGCCCGUGUCCUUUGUCGAGCUCGCCAUGGCCAUGCUCGCGUCCGCCAUCGAGUCCCUCACCUCCCUCGCCGCCAUGUCCGAGCCCUCCGUCCCCAGCGGCGUCCACCUCUACAACACCGCCCGCCAGGUGCCCCUCCCCCAGCUCGACUUCGACCCGGCCCCGACGCCCCAGAGCCACCUCCUGUCCCCGUCGGACCUGCUCCUCCUGCAAACCACCAUCGCCACCGCCUGGAACGACCUGCUCGACCCGGCCGGCCACGGCGUGCCCGAGCCCCACCUCCCCACCGCCUCCUUCUACGACCUCUGGGGCAGCCUCGUGCCCGCCCACCUCCUCGCCGCGCGCCUAACCGCCGACCUCGCCAACCUCGAUCUCUCGGUCGAGGACCUCUGCAUCACCACCGACGAGGUCGUCGAUAACCCGUCCCAGCUCAAGCAGCUCGAGCUCCUCGCUCGCAAGAUUCGCGACGCCCAGAGCCGCGGCCACAGGAAUCCCGCUGCCCUCCUGCGCGGUAUCCGCCGCCUCUCCAUCCAUACUCGCUCUGGCGCGUCCGCGUCGUCGCCUUCGACGACCAACUUUGCCGCUUCGGGCUCCUGUUCCCACCUCGCUGUGGUGACGUCGGCCCGGUCCGGUGGCAACGCCUUUGUCUCUCCCAUUGGCGAGGAAGCUGAAAUGAUGCAUUACUCGGCCAGACCCACCGCCAUCACUACCACCGUCGUCGCGGACCACGAGUCCACCGACUCCGUGAGCCCUCUGAGCCCCCUCGGGCCUCUACCGCCUUUCAUGCUAUCACGCGCCGAGGGACUCUCCAGCGCCGGAAGCUCGCCUUCGACGCCCCAUGCGCAAAGCAAGGGCAUCAUGAGGAAGGCCAGCAGGGCGCUCGAGAGGAUGUCUAGGCUGGGAAGCAUCCACUACGGUGCGCCGGUUGUUCCCUCCUCGGCAUAA